AUGUCUCGGAGACGCUCAGCAAAGAGUUCCCAGGUCGAACGAACUCGUUUCAUACCCUCCUCCGCCGCUAAUUCUCCGCUGUUACGGCUUCGCACAGGAGAAAUCACCACUGAGGGUCGCACUCAACUGCACACUUGUUAUGUUCCUGCACCCUCGCUCCAUGUCUUCGACUCUCUAGAUACUGGUUCUGAUGCAGCGUGGAUCCCCGAGCGUCAAUUUUUUUUGGAUGAAACCCUUCGCCUGGAGGGUCGCGGAACUCCAGAAAGUCUCUGUUGUUGUGGUCUUGCUGCCCCUCGUUUCAGAUGUCGCGACUGCUUUGGCACACAGAUGUUUUGCCACGAGUGUGUACUUCACAACCACACAAGGAAUCCUCUGCACAGGAUUGAUAUGUGGAAUGAUUCAUUCUUUCAGCUCACCUCCCUGAAAAAACUGGGUCUACGCAUACAGCUAGGGCAUACUCCUGGCGAAAGAUGCUACAAUCCUCGAACCUCCUCUGGCGAUGAAUUUAUCGUCAUCGACGUCCACGGUGUCCACGAGAUUGCACUGGAUUUUUGUGGGUGUGCGAGUGCUCAAAUUCGCUACAAACAGCUACUCCGCGCCCGCUGGUAUCCAGCAACCAUAUUGGACCCUCGCACUGCUGCAACCUUUGCUUUACUGGAACAUUUCCACCUGUUGUCAUUCGAAAGCAAGGUUUUGGCUUACGAAUUUUACCACUCACUAGCAAGACGGAAUAAUAACGCUGGCCUGUCGGAUAUAAGGGAUCGCUACUCUGCAUUCAUGUGUAUGGUCCACGAGUGGCGGCAUCUGAGGCAGCUUCGGCGUGCAGGGAGGGGACAUGACCCUGGUGGCAUCAAUGCCACUACCACGGGUGAAUUAGCUGUGCAAUGUCCAGCGUGUCCCCACCCUGGCAAAAAUUUACCGCAAGGUUGGGAGGAUCAACCGCUAUCAGUUAGGUGGAAAUAUGCAUUGUUCAUUGCGAUUGACGCAAACUUUAGGCUAAAACGCAAGGCAGUAUCAUCGGAUAACGUAGACCCCAGCCUCAACUCUGGGUGGGCUUAUUUUGUCGAAGAGGUUGCCUACAAGUCAUACCUGGCCGAUCAAGCUGGCGUCAAGCAAGAUCGCAGCAUGUGUGUCAGUCACAACGCUGUUAAUUUGGCAGACAUGAAGUCCUCGCAUGGUCUGGCUGCAACAGGCGUUGGUGCGGUAGACUGUGCCAGGCACGAUAUGAAGCUUGCCAAUGGUGUCGGAGAUUUGCAGAAGGGUGAAAAAUAUAUUAACAUGGACUAUCUUGUGUUCUCAGCAUUGUUGGCCUUUACAGUAACCAUGGUCAACAUCUCGUACGAUAUUGCCUGCCAAUGGCAUAAAAAACUCUGGACGCGCAUGGAAGGCAUGCCAUCCCGGUUGCACAUCCCUCACAACUCGAUGACCGUCCGAUUUUUCGUGCCGAAGUUUCAUCUGAAGGCACACAUCGAAGAAUGUCAGAGAAGUUUUUCAUUUAACUGGACCAAACAUGUUGGACGAACAGACGGGGAAGCUCCUGAGCGAGGGUGGUCAAAUAUUAACCGUGUUGCGACGAGUACAAAGGAGAUGGGGCCAGGCUUGUGGCACGAUACUCUUGACGACCAUUUUGGGGAUUGGAACUGGAAGAAGGUCACAGCAUUAGCAAUAGGCCGUACACUGUUGCGCAAGAUAGGUGACGCUAUCAAGUGGAAGAGGGAGCACGGAGAGGCACUCGGAGAACUAGAGAAGACCAUCGAACCGACACUGAUCCUUCAGUGGAUGAGGGAAGUGGAAGCUUGGGAAAAUGAUAACUCUCAACGCAAUCCGUUUGAGAGCCGUUUUGCUCCCAUUACACAGGCUUCCGUAUGCCUACAGCUUGCUGAGCUCGAAGCUCGCGAGCUUCAGGCUGGGAUCAACGUGUCUCUGCACACCAACAUCUCUCCAAGCAGGCUAAUCACCAGUGGUAUUGAUCUACAGGACCAACAAAAACUUGACAGGCAGCGCCUCAAGGUGGACAUUGCCAACAUGUCUCUUCACCCCACGGACAACCAGAAGACAAAUUUACAGACACGUAUUACCACCCUUCAACGUCGCAUUGAUGCCUGGGCCCAUAUCCAGGAAUUGUACAUUCCUGUCGUUUCGCAAUUUCACCAUCGAUCGUCUGACGCUAGCGUGUCGAAUACUGCGGUGCUGAGGCCCGAGACCUUUAAGCUAUGGCUUCCAUCCGAGCUCGAGCCAACAGCCAUGUGCGACGAGAGGUUGGCUGCCCAUGAAUGGGAGUUACGGCAUGCACAAGCACUCGAUUCUCUCAAUGAAAUCCGUUCACAUCUUCGUCUUCGGUCGCACAUGUACAUUUACAAGGACAGAAAUGUCCGCGGUCAAGCCACUUCCACUCGCGCACAGGCCCUCAUUGAUGGUGUCGAGGUGAGGAAACAAGCCAGUGUCGAGAAGUACCGGCGUGCGCGUAAUGCACUGUUAGCUCUCAGUCAUCGACUCGACAAGUCCGGCUGGGAAAUUUCCCUUCCACGGCUCUUGGAUUCGGAUGUCCAGCCUACUGCUAGCGACGUUGUGACAAACCUAAGGUCGAAACACUACAGUAUGGGCAAUAUGGAGAGACAAGGGACUGGUACCAUCUCGUGGAUCUGGCUAGAUUCGCGCACAGAUAACACUAAUUCAGAAAAUGACCGAGUUCAGGACUGCGUUCGAGUAGAGUGGUGUAAAGCGCGUGCACGCGUAAAUCGGUGGUCCGAAGAAGUUGAUCUCCUGCUCGAGGAGAUGCGAAGAGUCACAGAGUUUUUGAAGUGGCAGGCAGGGUGGUGGGGUGAACGGGUUAAUGCUCGUGUGCUGGAGUCAGCUGAACAGGAGGGAGUCGCUGCAUAUGCCUAUCGUCAGGCUGCACUACGCACAUCUCUCGUUGCCUCCUUUCAGCACUUGUGGAGAGACGUACCCAAGAGUGUAAUCGCUCUGAGCAUUCCAAUGGACAGCAAGGAUGUCCCACCUACUAUUGAUGCACGGCCCCGGUUGCACGAUGAUCUGUAGUCAGUAAUACAUUAGCUUGUUGAUAUGUCAUUCAUUUCAUGUUUUCAAUAUCACGCUCAGAUCAGAA